AUGGAGAAAGUGGCCCGUGGUGCGAACAACUUCGCCAUUCGCCUUCACCGACUGUUAUGUCAGGACGUGAGUGAUGAGAACAUUUGUAUCUCUCCGUACAGUGUCUUCUCCUCUCUUGUCGUCAUCUAUCUCGGGGCCCGUGGCCAGACGGCCAAACAGAUCUCAGAUGUGCUGGGACUACAGCAGAAAUCCACCUCCAAACUUCACGAGAUAUGUGCCUGGCUGUGGUUCCUCGUGAGCGAGAGCGGCGCCAGGCGGGACGAACUGUUACUGGCCAACCAACUCUUCAUCCACGCCGACAUAGACAUACGGAUGGAUUACGACCAGUGGGCUGAGGCGUACUACAACACGACACCCGUCAGCAUGAGCUUCGCCACUCGCCCACAGGGAUCACGGCGCCGGAUCAACGAGUGGAUCCAUAAGAAGACUGACGGCCAACUGCAGGAUCUGAUCCCAGACGGGGGCAUCAGUGCGCGCCUCCUUAUGCUCUCUAUUAAUGUGGCUUACUUCAGAGGCCUGUGGCGGGGCGCGUUUCCACACGGAUCUAUUUACAAGACCCAGUUCCAGUGUUCCCUUAACAGCAUUCUGGAGGUGGACAUGAUGCAGAAGGAAGAGAGCCUGUUGUACGGGGACUUCCCGGAUCUUCGAUGUGUGGUCGUCUUUUUACCUUUAUCGUGGACGCAGGGCUGGAUGACAGUCAUGCUACCCUAUAAAACAGACAGUAUCGCCCAGCUCGAAUAUCGCUUACGCUUUUAUAAUUUUAACAAGUUGAGAAAACGUAUGAAAAAGCAUCUUGUGAGUAUUCAUUUGCCAAAGUUUCGUCUUGAGAACAGUUUAGAGCUAUCGAGUGCUCUUCCCAUCCUUGGAAUUAAAGAUCUUUUCGAGGCUGGGAAAACCGACCUGUCCGCCAUGUUGGAGUGUCCACCCGAUGAUCUUGCACUUACAGACUUUGUGCAUAAGGCUUGCAUCGAGGUUGGGGAAGCUGGUCGCCCGGCCGCCAAGCCCAAAUCCAAAUUCUCUUGUGUUCCCAAAGAGUUAACCAAGGUGACCAUGAUCGUCAAUCGCCCCUUCCUGUUUUUCGUUCAAGAUGGCGUAUCAAAAGUUAUUGUGUUUUCUGGUCACGUUGUCACUCCGAUUGCUGCCGAGGAAGAGAUAGAAAGGCUGGGGGACGAGGCCCUCUAG